AUGUCCGCAGGGUGGCUCGAAUCCUUCUUUACAGCAGUUGGUCUACAGAAACUCGCAUACCACUGGCAGGCUCUUCUCUUUGCAACUCUAGCAUGCAACUUUACAGUAGGCUUUUCUCGCAUAAUAUCUCCAAUCCUGUUCCCAAAGUCUUAUAAACAGCUUAGUGAUCGAAAACGGCUCAGUUGGGAUAUACAUGUCGUAAGCCUGGUGCACUCUGUAGCGAUAACAGCACUAUCCAUUCCCUUGUUAUUUGAUGAAACGUUGCAGAAAGAUAAAGUGUUCGGUUAUGAUGAAUAUGCUGGAAAUGUGUACGCUAUAGCUUGCGGAUAUUUCCUUUGGGAUUCUCUUGUGAGCUUAUAUUAUGUCAGAGAUUUUGGAGUGGGGUUCGUUGUGCAUGGUUCUGUCUGCUUUGGCGUUUACCUCUUCGCUUAUCGACCAUUUCUUAACUAUUAUGGCGCAGCAUUCCUAAUGUUUGAGUUAUCGACACCGUUCCUCAACUUGCAUUGGUUUAUGGACAAAGUAGGAGCAACUGGUUCUUGGCUGCAAAUAAUCAACGUUUCGGUACUGCCGGUUCUCGACCGAGUUCCGUUAUUUCUUCAAGUUAUUUAUGGUGGUGCCAACGUCGUCUUGAAUACAUUGAACGUUCUCUGGUUCUUCAAGAUGUUAAAUGCAGUAUCGCGAAGGAUCCCAAAAAAGAAUGGGCAAGCAAAAUCACCUAAAGCAAACAUCAAAGACACAAUAUCGUCGGGAGAAAGCUGGGAAAAUAUCAAUGGGAAAAAGAUUGACUAG